AUGGCACGACCAAGCAUGGGCGCCGUCGCCCUCGUGCUGCUUCUGGCCUGGUGCUGCGCGGCGACCACCGUGCGAGCGAGGGAGUGGAUCGUCGGCGGCGACAAGGGGUGGACCUUCGGCGUCGCCGGCUGGGAGAACGACAAGCCGAUCCAGCCCGGCGACACGCUCGUGUUCAAGUACAAGCCUGGAGCGCACAACGUGGUGAAGGUGGAGGUGGACGGGUACAUGGACUGCAAGGCCCCCGACGGCGCCACGGUUCACUCCUCCGGCAACGACACCUUCGAGAUGCCCGGCGGCAAGGCCUACUUCAUCUGCACCUUCCCCGGCCACUGCGAGAAGGGCAUGAGGAUCGGCAUCCCGCCUAGAUAGAUAGGGGCGUUGACUGGCUGAUAAAUAGCGCGACGUGCUCUCUCAAUGGCUAGUUGAACGAUAAAUAAACCGAGGGUGCUAGGGUGAUGGAAUGUUUGUCUGCACGUCCAGGAUGUUUCUACCGUUAGAGGUGAGCGAUUAAA